AUGAGUCAAGUUUCUCAGCUCCUCCUCCCAAAUAUACCAGGACUUGCUCUGUCGCCCAAUCUGCAGUGCAAUGACAAUACUGUAGCUCACUGCAGUCUCAAACUCCUGGGCUCAAGUGCACCUGUAGUCCCAGCUACUCGGGAGGCUGAGGAGGGAGGAUCACUUGAGCCCAGGAGUUUGAGGUUGCUG